AUGGAGCGCGGCUUCCCCAUGUUGGGCAUGAUUAGCUCGGGACUUGGUUGGAGGCUGCGUCAUGACGGGCGCUAUGAUAACCCAGUGCCAGUCAAGGAUUUCUUCCAGGAGAACUUUGCCUUCGUAACCUCCCGCUUACGAAGGGCGCGCGUCGACAAGGACUGGGAGGCCAUGGCCGACGAGAUCGCAGCGGAUGUGAAGUGCGGUCGCAUGGAGGGGCCAUUUGCCAUGCCUGAGUGUUGGGGCGUUAAGGGUGUCGCCUUGUCAAAGUACGAGCACACAGCAGCCUUGCUUUCUGGUCCUCACGAGCAUGUCCCCUGUUGCUUUGCGUUUGCCGUGCAUCAGAUUGGUUCGGAUGGGCAGCCCAAAGUGCGCCGAGCCGAAGACUGGCGUAGCUCGGGGGCGAAUGCGACCGUGGGGGUGCCGGAUUCACCGGCGUACCAUGAUAUCACCGCGUUUGUGGAGCUGGCCAGAGCGAUCAGGAAGAAUAACAGCCCAGCAGAUGGCGCAGUGCAGCUGUGGGGUGUGGACCACGAGGCGGCGUACAGACAGUUUCCAGUAAGCGAGCCGAAUCACACGUGGGUCAUCCUUUCUACACCUUCGGGCCCAACUCUGUGGAGGCACAAUGUGCUUAUGUUUGGGAGCACAGCGUCAGUGUGGAGCUACUGCAGAAUAGCGGACUUGCUGGCGUGGCUAUCAAGGGCUCUGCUAUUGGUGCCACUCUUGCAUUUCGUGGAUGAUUUUGGAUCCGACGAGCCGGCUGACGCGGUCAUUUCGGCCUAUGAGGAGACGCUUGCAACUUGUCGAGCGCUGGGCUUCAAGUUCAAAGAGGCCAAGGCCCAGCCGCCUGCAAAACGGCAUAAGCUCCUCGGCGUUUCAGCUGCUUUCGAAAACGACAGGGCUGUGAUCGAAUGUGCCGAUGACCGGAGACAACGGCUGGACUCGAUGUUGCUCCAGAUCCUCCUCGAGGACCAGCUCAAGCCUCGCGAGGCCUCUGCCAUAGCGGGAAAGCUUCAGUUCAUUGCGCAGUCCAUGUUUGGCAAAGCGAGCAUGGCAGCGAUUCGUCCAUUCCACCAGAGAGCUCAGACGUCUGCUUUCAGAACCCAGCUGCAAGGUGGCGGAGCAUCGCCCAGCGCUUCAGGAACGGCUACGGCUUUAGAUCCUACAGUGGUGCUGAGUCAGUUGGCCACGGCAGUGGCCCAGCUUGCUAGCGUGAACCAGCCAAAGCCCAAUACCUGGUCUGAAAGCAAGUAUGUGAAGGCUCCAGAGAUCUUCGCGCCGAAAAGCCUCGAUGAAGAAUUGAGCCAGUGGAGUGAAUGGAGCUUUACCUUUAAACAAUGGAUGUACAUCCAAGAAGAGGAGUAUCGCAAUGAAUUUCAGAAGUGCGAGACUGCAGACAGCUUCGUGAGCUUUGAGUCGUAUGCCCCCGAAACGAAGGCUAGAAGUAUCAGACUGUAUGCCAUUUUGGCAACAUAUUUGAGACAGAGGCCCCUUCGCAUUCUUCGUAGUGUGGAGAACGGCGACGGUUACAGAGUGUGGAGAACCCUUUCAGACGAAUUGCAACCACAGUCACGACCCAGAGCACUUGCACUAGCUCAGGCUCUUGUCCGGUUCCCUGCGUAUAAGGAGGGUGGCUCACUAUUGGACUACACGUUAGCCUUUGAGAGGUUAGUGCAAGAGUACGACAAAGUGGCUGCAGCUCCAUAUGACGACAACCUUAAGAUCAGCACUCUCCUCAGUGGCCUGCCAGGAGAUGUCAAGAAGUACUUGCAGCUCAACCUGGACGAGACAAUGACCUACGAGAAGAUGCGCACGCAACUUCUUCGCUUUGAGAGGUCAACUGCUCUUUGGUCUUCGGAACAUUUGCUUCGUUCAGUUGGGAUUGAGAAAGAUGCAAAGUAUCUAGAAUCUGGGGGUCCUACGCCGAUGGAUGUUGAUAGGGUGGAGCAAGGCAAGGACAGAAACAACAAAGGCGAAAAGGGCAGAAAGGGCAAGGACAAGGGCAAGGGCAAGUAUCAUUACCAGCAACAUGGCAACAAAGGCUGGGGCAGCUAUGGGGACAAAGGCUCUGGCAAGCAGUGGGGAAAGAACAACAAGGGCAAGGACAAGAGUGGGAAGAAUGGAAAGAAAGGCAAGGACAAGGACAAAGGCAAGGGCAAGCUUGGUCCAUGCUACACCUGUGGGCGAAUGGGUCACAUUGCAGCUGAUUGUCGUGCUGGAGUGCGUCAAGUGCAAGAGAGUGAGAGCAGUACCUCAGUUCCUUCGUCUAGCGCGUCAACAGCUUCGUCGAAUGCCUCAACAACCUCAAGUGCCCGAACAAUACCCCAAGUUCGCCGUUUGGAGUUGCACACUAUGCCCGUGAUUGAAGAGAUUGAAGCAGAAAGUGAGUUCCUGAUCUACACUCCGCCAAGUGCCCCAACAUGUCAGUACUAUGACCUCUCUGGCCAGGAUAGCGAGAACGAGAACUUCAGCGAGAUCCGGAUGGUCACCUUGGAGAGCGAGGCUUUAGAGGAGACAGAGCCCGAGCUAGCAUCUACGAGCACGUUGAUGUUUGACAUUCACAGUCCACGCAGUUCUGAUGGUGAAGAUUGUGGUCAUGUGCGUGUAGUGCGUGAGCAAAUGGUAGGCUAUCAGGAGGUGAUCCUAGACAGCGGUGCUGAUGUGACAGUGCUGCCCAUGAGCAUGAGUGAAGCUGGAGAGGAGAGCGGGAGUGUUGCAAACAUUAGAGACGCCCAAGGUAACACUAUCGCGUCGAGCAGUACGAGACGGAAUGUGAUCUUUGAGAUGGAGGGCCUAGAUGGCAAGAAGAUCUACUUCAAGGAUAGAGCGGUCAUUGGGAACGUUCGGCAACCACUGAUGUGCGUAGGCAAGUUGUUUCAGAAUGAUUGGUCAGUGCAGCGAGAUUCAAGUGGCAGUCAUGUAAUGGCACGAGGAAACCAAGGGUUCGCAGUGCACUGGGCCAGAAACUCCUUAGCGACACGUUGCAAGAUCUACAGAAUCGAGUCUGGAGAUGAUGCGAGCUCGAAUGUUCGGAUGAUUGUUGAGAUCCCUGAAAACCUUGAGCGACUCUCAGCCACACCUGGGUGGAAGCUGAGGCGAGAUGGACAGCCAAUGCAUGUGAGCAUGUCCAGUGAUUGCACAGUAAACCCAGGCAGAUCGUAUCCGAGUCACAUCUGGCCAUUCCGAAGUACGUUGGUGCACAAGGGUGAGAGAAAGUAUGAGGUUUUCGAGAGUGGCGAAAUCUGGGAAGGCAGAGAGGUUUUGCAGACUUAUGGCCCCAAAGUGAAGAUGAUCACGCUGCUGUCCCAGAACCCUGUAGAUCCCGAGACACUUGGAGCUGUUCAAUCGGAACUCGCUCGUCCACAAGUUCGAGGUCAAGCGAGAGAAGCUGAAGCGCCAGAAGAAGCUAGAGAAGAGAGAUGUGAGCGACCAAUGGAAGUAGAAGUGGGUGCAUCCCAGGCACUUGGUCUUGCAGAGAGUGGUCCACCUGAUGGGCCUGAGGAGCGAGCCGAACAUCCUGCUGAGGCAGAUGUGCUUCCGAGGGAAACUGGGGAAGAGAAGUUGGUCAUUAAUGGGAUCGAGGUCUUCGAAACUUCAUCUUUGAGAACAUUGCGGGCAGCGUGCCAGUACAUGCGCAUAAGCAAGAGUGGUGGUAAAGGAGUGCUAUGGGCAAGGCUGCAAGCAGAGAUUGCAGAUUCUCGAAUCAAGGCGGCAGUCCAGGCGUCCGAUGCGAUGUUGACAGAGUAUGCUAGACAGCCUCAAGUGGAACCUCAAGCGGCGCUGCCUGAUCAAGCCACCAUAGACCUUCAUGAAAUAACCCACUUCCCUCGAGCAUCUUGGUGCUCAGCGUGCUUGUCAUCAAGAAGCAGGGAGGACAACCACCCGGGAGCCGAGACGAAGGAGAGAGGCGUGAUACACGUCGACUUCAUGUUUGGUAGAACAGAAACGCCGGGCAGUGAUGAAGAGCAUGCGAUGUCAACACACAUGGUGGUAGUGGAUGAGCAGACGAACUUCUGUCUUUGUGUACCAGUAGAAUCCAAAGCGGCUCAUGACUUGAAGAAUGCGACUGAAGAAGUGGUGAAGCUAGGAGCGGUGCUGGGACAUUCAGAGCUAGUGAUCCGAGGUGACAGCGAGCCAGCCAUGAUCCAGUUCCUCAAGACCGUGAGUGCGAGCAGAUCGAGGCUGGGAUUGGGAACUAAGAUCGAAGUGGCACCUCCGGAUUCACAGCUGCACCAUGGGUUGAAAGCUGAGCGCUUCAUUACCAUAGUGAGAUCGAUGGGAAAGUGUUUGUUGGCUUCGAUAGAAGAAAAGACAGGAUGGAAGGUGACUUCGAACCACCCUCUGUUCUAUUGGGCCUUUCGUCACGGUGCGUUCCUGUAUUCCAGAUUUCAUGUUCUUCGUUGCGGCCAGACCCCGUUUGAACUCCUCCAUGGUAGAGCGUAUGCUGGGAAGUUGUGCCCGUUUGGCGCAACAGUGUUUGCCCAAAUCCUUCCGAAAACGAAUGCCAAAGCAGAACCUUGGAGAAGAUGCGUGUGGUUGGGAAAGUCUUCCAUGGGAAACUUAAACCUGGUGGCGGAUCAGCGUGGAGUACACUAUGCAAGGUCGGUAAGGAGGGGUUCCACAACGUAUGUGACUGAAAACCUUGUGAGCAUGAAGGGUGUGCCGUGGAACUCUGUGUUGGAUGUUGUCCCGACCAAGCCCAAAAGAGCGCCCAGAAUCAGAGUACCAGAUGUGUUGCUUCCCCAAGCGCCUCAAGAUGAAGCAGCGAGUGACCCACCUUCGUCGGUGGCUGGUGAACCCGCAGGAGGGAUAGGAGGUGGAAUUACUCCUGAAGGCGGUUCAGUGAUGAGCACGGAUUCACCUGAGAUGCUUCCUGAUGCCGAAAUGGAGAAUGCGAGUCAGGUGGUAGAGCUUGAGGGAUACAUGCUUAGAAGAGUCGUGGGCACCAGUCACCCUACAAACCACGAAGAUGAGAUCGAGAUAGAGGGUUUAGAGGUGGACCUACCAAUCGAGAGCAUGGAGCAGGACUACGAGAAGGGGCUUGAGGGGCAAAGCGUUGAGGAUCACGAAGAAUUGCCUUGGAAGGGUAGAACGUAUGAAGAGGGUCCUCCUCAACUAAGCCAGCAAGAACUGGAAGAGUUGGACAGAAGGAUGGAUGACGUUGAGUAUACCAGGUUGGAGAAGAUGGGAGUCCUGAGACCCAUGCAACGUGAAGAAGAUGGUAAGGGCAUGGUGUGUUUAAAGUCGAAGACGGUGCGCGACUGGAGGUUCAGGGGGGAGUGGCGAAGGAGAUCGCGUUUGGUGGCGAAGGAGUUUAGACACCUUCAACCGGCCCUUGAAGACCUGUAUGCUCCAGCGAGCCUUGGGAUCCUCCAGAAGUUGCUAGCGGGCUUGUGUGUGAGUGGGGAGAACCUCGUCAUGUACAUGGUUGAUGUUUCCGAUGCUUACCUUAUGGUACCACAAAGGAGACCUACAUUCAUCACUACCUCAACAGGACUCUCCUAUGAACUCAAAUACAAUCUUCCCGGACAGCGUAGUGGGGCGAGAGAUUGGUUCAUGUAUGCAGGGGAGAUUUUCGCGAAAGAUGGCUUGACGUCGUAUCCUGCAGCACCAGCAGUGUAUUAUGAACCAAAAUCCCUUGCGUGUUCAACACACGUAGAUGAUUUUCAGUUUGUCUCAGGCGAGAAGAGGGCGAGCAAACUGCUGGGCAACUUGAAGAAGUCGGGCCUUAAGCUCAAGAUAGAAGGACCGAUAGAUCCGUUUGGAGGACAAGGGCAUUUCUUGAAGCGUUUGUUUCAAGGGAAGGAUGGCAGCAUCAGGGUGAUCCCAGAGAAGAGGUACGUGGAGAAGUUGAUCUCAAUCCUGCAACUUGAGCGCAGCGCGAGCAAAUCGACACCACUUCCCUCAACCAUAAGGUAUCCUCAAGAAGACCCGCCUUUAGAAGGUUCUGCGUACAGCACGUUCAGAAGCGCUUUGGGUCUUUUGCUCUACAUGGCCAAUGAUAUUCCAGAGAUCCAUUUUGCCAUGAGACUCCUUGGAUCCAGAUGUGCAAGUCCGAGUGAGUAUGACCUUGCGAUCAUGCGACAUGUGGGCAAGUACAUGAAGGGGAGACCUGAGUGGGUACUCCAGUUGAAGCUCACACGCCCUGGCAGGACAUUGGAACAGCGGCUUCGAGAGUGUGACACUGAAUGCACCAGAGAUCCCGUUAGCGAGCGUGGAAGCUUCAGUAGGUGUGAGCAUGACGUUGAACAUGAACAUGAAGGAGAAUGCAGUUUUGGUACAGGACAUGUCUUAGAAGUGAUCACGGACUCAGAUUGGGGUUCAAGGAUGUUUGGGCGCAAGAGUGUGUCAAGCUAUUCUCUCUACUUGAACGGCAACAUGGUUUUCGUGUCCACCAGGCUCCAAAAGUCCUACGCCCUAAGCUCAACAGAGGCUGAGUGGAUGUCUUCGUUGUUGGGAGUCGCAGACGGCAUCUUUGUCAAGCAAUUCCUUGAAACAUUCCUUGAAUCCGAGGUGAAGCUAGUGCACAGAGUGGACAACUCCGGGGCUCGGGCGCUGGCAGCACGAGAAGGAGCCGGCAAGCUGAGACACAUAGACUUGUCUUAUUUGUGGCUUCAGAAAGAGAAUCGUUCGGGGCACGUUUUGACAAGACCAAUUUCUACGUACGCAUGUCCGUCGGAUCUGGGGACAAAACCUCAUUCAAAGAAGCGAAUCCUUUUCCUCCUGGGCUUGAUGGGGUACGUUGACAACGAGACGGGCAUUUUGGCAGGGGGGAAGGAAGUGAAGGAGUACUUAGUCUCUGCAGCGAUCAAGCAAGGCCAGCAAAACAACAUCUUGAGAGUUCUGCUUGCUAGCUAUUUAGCUCCUGUAGCAAUGGGCUCCGGGAUUGGUGAGCAGUCCGAGAACAAUGCAACGAUUGUGCUCUUUGUGAUCAGCAUUUUCAUUGUCAUGUAUCGGUUAGCGCACGGUGAGCCGCGGAUCGUCCAGUUUGAUGUGCGGCGCAGAUCGGUGAUCUACGCGGAUGCCUUCUUCAACCUCCAUGGCAAGAGCUACAAAGUGUCGGAGGCUGACAACAUCCCAGACUGGGGACGGGAGAGCCCGGCUUCCUUCUUGAACGGCGUGGGCUUCGUUGUUUGUCUUGGUAAUGUGACCCUUUAUGCGUAUGGCAUCGUCCCCUAUUGGUUUGUAAGAUACUUCACGAGUCGGCGAGCCUUUAUCUAUAUGUUGGAAAUUUUGGGACAAGUGUUGCCGCUCAUCGCCUUAGAGUCGCGACUGCACCGGCACUGCGUGUUGUUCGUGGACAAUGAGCCAGCAAAGCAGGCUCUCAUGAAAGGCUACGGGAAAGACGAUUGCAUCAACCGGCUUGUGCAGACCGCGUGGGUCUUCAUCGAGAAGAAGAAACUCCAGCCCGAGUGGCAACGAGUGUGCAGCUCUGCAAAUGUUUCCGACUCCGUCAGCAGAGGCAACUUUGACUUGGCGGAAAGCAUGGGUUGGAAGCGCUUCCACUUCAACUGGGAGGAGACGUUGCAGCAGCUGUUGGAAGAGUGUCUGCAGGGCCCGCUGAGAUAG